AUGUUAGUGGAUUAUAGUGAUGAUGAACAAGAGAUCAUGGACAACAAACCAAAGUCAAUAUUGGUGAAUCCUGAGGUUGAUUGUUCACAUUUGGUGAAGAAGAAAGAGGAGGAGAAAGCUCUUGAAUUAUCAAAGACAUAUAAUUUUUUGGGAUAGAAAAAGAAUCAUUUAACAGGAAAUGUUGAAUCAGUAUAUUACAAUGAUGCAGUAUUCGAGGAAUAAUUUCAUAAAUUUAAUGUAUAUGGUUUUGCAGUGGAUCCAAAUGGUAUAAUGAUAAAUUUAAAUUAGAAAGAAAUAGAAGAGUGAUAGCAUGUAAUUAAAAAUAAGAGGAAUUAUCUACUUUAAUGAAAGAAGGUUAUGAUGUAGAUGCAGCAGAUCCAUUAUUUAGUAAAAAUGUACUUGCAGGUAUGCAUAAAGAAGAUAAAUUAAAAUAAUAAGAAUUAAAAUAAAAUAGAGUGAAAGCAAAUGAUCCAUCUAAAGGAGAAUUUAUGGGACCUUGGGCAGGAUAAUAAGAUGAAUAAUUUGAAAAUAUAUAAAUGAAUGAAGAAUAAUAAAAAUUAUUAGAUUAAUUAGAAGAAUAAAGAAAAUAAAAGAUAGAUGAAUCAAAAAAAUAAGAAGAAAAUUUUGUACCUUAUAUGGAAUAACAUGUAAGUUAAACAGAAUAAUUUGGUGGAAGAUAAUUUAUAGCACCUCCACCUGAAUUAAAAUAUGUUGAUCAUACAUGUUAUAUACCAAAAAGAUGUAUAUAAACAUUUCAUGGUCAUACUAAAGGUGUAUAAGUAUGCAAAUUUUUUCCUAAAUUUGGUCAUUUAAUGUUGAGUGGUAGUUUAGAUCAUAAAAUUAAAAUGUGGGAUAUUAUUGGUAAUAAAUAAUGUGUUAGAACAUAUUAUGGUCAUUAAGGAGCAUUAAGAGAUCUCAACUUCUCUAAUGAUGGUAGAACAUUUUUAUCUGCUGGUUAUGAUAAAAAGAUACUUGUAUGGGAUACAGAAUACGGUAAAGUUACUUAAACUAUCAAUUUAUAACAUUUCCCUUAUUGUGUAAGAUUAAAUCCAGAUCCAGCUAAAUAACAUUCUUUUCUUUUAGGAUCAUCAGAUAAAAGAAUUAAAUAAUUUGAUAUUAGAAGUGGAUAAUAAACAUUAGUUUAUGAUGAACAUUUACAAGCUAUUAACACUAUUACAUAUUUUAAUUAAAAUAGAAAAUUUGUUUCUAGUUCUGAUGAUAAAAAAUUAUUCAUUUGGGAAUUUGGCAUCCCUGUUGUUAUAAAACACAUUAGUGAUCCUGAAAUGCAUGCAGUUACAGCUACUGCUGUUAAUCCAUCUGGACUUAAUUGGGUUGGAUAAUAGAGUAACAAUUUAGUAAUUUAUUAAUAAUAAUAAUUAAGAUUAUAGUUUANAAGACAUAUAAUUUUUUGGGAUAGAAAAAGAAUCAUUUAACAGGAAAUGUUGAAUCAGUAUAUUACAAUGAUGCAGUAUUCGAGGAAUAAUUUCAUAAAUUUAAUGUAUAUGGUUUUGCAGUGGAUCCAAAUGGUAUAAUGAUAAAUUUAAAUUAGAAAGAAAUAGAAGAGUGAUAGCAUGUAAUUAAAAAUAAGAGGAAUUAUCUACUUUAAUGAAAGAAGGUUAUGAUGUAGAUGCAGCAGAUCCAUUAUUUAGUAAAAAUGUACUUGCAGGUAUGCAUAAAGAAGAUAAAUUAAAAUAAUAAGAAUUAAAAUAAAAUAGAGUGAAAGCAAAUGAUCCAUCUAAAGGAGAAUUUAUGGGACCUUGGGCAGGAUAAUAAGAUGAAUAAUUUGAAAAUAUAUAAAUGAAUGAAGAAUAAUAAAAAUUAUUAGAUUAAUUAGAAGAAUAAAGAAAAUAAAAGAUAGAUGAAUCAAAAAAAUAAGAAGAAAAUUUUGUACCUUAUAUGGAAUAACAUGUAAGUUAAACAGAAUAAUUUGGUGGAAGAUAAUUUAUAGCACCUCCACCUGAAUUAAAAUAUGUUGAUCAUACAUGUUAUAUACCAAAAAGAUGUAUAUAAACAUUUCAUGGUCAUACUAAAGGUGUAUAAGUAUGCAAAUUUUUUCCUAAAUUUGGUCAUUUAAUGUUGAGUGGUAGUUUAGAUCAUAAAAUUAAAAUGUGGGAUAUUAUUGGUAAUAAAUAAUGUGUUAGAACAUAUUAUGGUCAUUAAGGAGCAUUAAGAGAUCUCAACUUCUCUAAUGAUGGUAGAACAUUUUUAUCUGCUGGUUAUGAUAAAAAGAUACUUGUAUGGGAUACAGAAUACGGUAAAGUUACUUAAACUAUCAAUUUAUAACAUUUCCCUUAUUGUGUAAGAUUAAAUCCAGAUCCAGCUAAAUAACAUUCUUUUCUUUUAGGAUCAUCAGAUAAAAGAAUUAAAUAAUUUGAUAUUAGAAGUGGAUAAUAAACAUUAGUUUAUGAUGAACAUUUACAAGCUAUUAACACUAUUACAUAUUUUAAUUAAAAUAGAAAAUUUGUUUCUAGUUCUGAUGAUAAAAAAUUAUUCAUUUGGGAAUUUGGCAUCCCUGUUGUUAUAAAACACAUUAGUGAUCCUGAAAUGCAUGCAGUUACAGCUACUGCUGUUAAUCCAUCUGGACUUAAUUGGGUUGGAUAAUAGAGUAACAAUUUAGUAAUUUAUUAAUAAUAAUAAUUAAGAUUAUAGUUUAUGAUACUAAAGCUGGAAAUUUCAGAAUGAAUAGAAAGAAGAAUUUUAAAGGACAUGUAUCUGCAGGAUAUGCAUGUGGAGUUACAUUCUCAGCUGAUGGUUAAUUUUUAGCAUCUGGUGAUUCAGAAGGUAGAGUUNAAGACAUAUAAUUUUUUGGGAUAGAAAAAGAAUCAUUUAACAGGAAAUGUUGAAUCAGUAUAUUACAAUGAUGCAGUAUUCGAGGAAUAAUUUCAUAAAUUUAAUGUAUAUGGUUUUGCAGUGGAUCCAAAUGGUAUAAUGAUAAAUUUAAAUUAGAAAGAAAUAGAAGAGUGAUAGCAUGUAAUUAAAAAUAAGAGGAAUUAUCUACUUUAAUGAAAGAAGGUUAUGAUGUAGAUGCAGCAGAUCCAUUAUUUAGUAAAAAUGUACUUGCAGGUAUGCAUAAAGAAGAUAAAUUAAAAUAAUAAGAAUUAAAAUAAAAUAGAGUGAAAGCAAAUGAUCCAUCUAAAGGAGAAUUUAUGGGACCUUGGGCAGGAUAAUAAGAUGAAUAAUUUGAAAAUAUAUAAAUGAAUGAAGAAUAAUAAAAAUUAUUAGAUUAAUUAGAAGAAUAAAGAAAAUAAAAGAUAGAUGAAUCAAAAAAAUAAGAAGAAAAUUUUGUACCUUAUAUGGAAUAACAUGUAAGUUAAACAGAAUAAUUUGGUGGAAGAUAAUUUAUAGCACCUCCACCUGAAUUAAAAUAUGUUGAUCAUACAUGUUAUAUACCAAAAAGAUGUAUAUAAACAUUUCAUGGUCAUACUAAAGGUGUAUAAGUAUGCAAAUUUUUUCCUAAAUUUGGUCAUUUAAUGUUGAGUGGUAGUUUAGAUCAUAAAAUUAAAAUGUGGGAUAUUAUUGGUAAUAAAUAAUGUGUUAGAACAUAUUAUGGUCAUUAAGGAGCAUUAAGAGAUCUCAACUUCUCUAAUGAUGGUAGAACAUUUUUAUCUGCUGGUUAUGAUAAAAAGAUUCUUGUAUGGGAUACAGAAUAUGGUAAAGUUACUUAAACUAUUAAUUUAUAACAUUUCCCUUAUUGUGUAAGACUAAAUCCAGAUCCAGCUAAAUAACAUUCUUUUCUUUUAGGAUCAUCAGAUAAAAGAAUUAAAUAAUUUGAUAUUAGAAGUGGAUAAUAAACAUUAGUUUAUGAUGAACAUUUACAAGCUAUUAACACUAUUACAUAUUUUAAUUAAAAUAGAAAAUUUGUUUCUAGUUCUGAUGAUAAAAAAUUAUUCAUUUGGGAAUUUGGCAUCCCUGUUGUUAUAAAACACAUUAGUGAUCCUGAAAUGCAUGCAGUUACAGCUACUGCUGUUAAUCCAUCUGGACUUAAUUGGGUUGGAUAAUAGAGUAACAAUUUAGUAAUUUAUUAAUAAUAAUAAUUAAGAUUAUAGUUUAUGAUACUAAAGCUGGAAAUUUCAGAAUGAAUAGAAAGAAGAAUUUUAAAGGACAUGUAUCUGCAGGAUAUGCAUGUGGAGUUACAUUCUCAGCUGAUGGUUAAUUUUUAGCAUCUGGUGAUUCAGAAGGUAGAGUUUUCUUUUGGGAUUGGAAAACAGCCAAAAGUUAUAGAACUAUAUAAGUAAUAAUAUCAUUUUUAAUAAUUAGGCACAUGAUAAUGUUUGUAUAGGUGUUGAAUGGCAUCCUAUUGAACCUAGUAAAGUAGUUACUUGUGGAUGGGAUGGAGUACUUAAAUUAUGGGAUUGAUUAUCAGUUUUAAAUUAAU